AUGUCCAAUUCUACCGGGCACCGCGUCAGCAUGAACCGGUGCACCGAGGUCUCUGCCCUGUGUCCCGUCGACGAAACCGUCCUGGGAUACUACCCGAACCUGGGAUCCGGCAUCUUCUUCUCCAUCGCCUUUGGGAUAUGUCUGAUUGCCGCCUUCUCACUCGGCAUGUGGAAGAAGACGUGGACGUACACGGCAGCCAUAACGAUAGGGCUGAUACUAGAAACCGCAGGUAUGUAUCUCAAACCCCCCCGAGAGAUGCCAUCCGAUAUCCCUCUGGUCCGACAUGACCACCUUUUCCCUCUCCGGACAGAACAACCACAUGGCCAACACACAUUCAUCGUCCAAACAGGCUACGUCGGGCGCAUCCUCCUCCACUACAACCCGUGGAACGAAUCCGCCUUUGAGCUGCAAAUCUGCGCCAUCAUCCUCGCGCCCACGUUCGUCUGCGUAUCCAUCUACCUGACGCUCAAGCACGCCGCGCUGCACCUCAACCCGCGGCUCUCGCGCAUCCCGCCGCGCUGGUACCCGCGCAUCUUCCUGCCCGCCGACCUCUCGUGCCUCAUCGUCCAGGCCAUCGGGGGCGGCAUCGCCGCCGCCGCAGGCCACACGAAGCCCAGGCUGCAGGAGGACGGCAACCGCGCCAUCAUCGCCGGCGUCGUCCUGCAGGUCCUCGUCCUCGCCGUCUUUGGCGCCAUGGGCACCGACUACUUCGCCAGGGCGGCGCGACACGUGCGCACCGCCGAGGCCACGCCCGCCGAGCUCGCCCUGUGGCGCGACUCCAAGUUUCGCGCGUUUGUGCUCGGCGUGACGGGUGCCUAUGUGGCCGUCCUGGUCCGCUGUAUAUACCGUAUUGCCGAAAUGGCCGGUGGAUGGGGCAACAAGAUCAUGCAGGACGAGCCGAGUUUCCUCGUGCUCGACAGCUCGCUCAUCUUGGUCACCGUGUACUUGCUCACGAUCUUCCACCCGGGCAUCUUCUUUCCUCAGAUGGCCAACGGGCACCGCAACAAGAACGGUGCUGCUGCUGCUGCUGCUGUUUCCGACGCGGAGAGCUCCGAGACCAAGGCGAAUGACUCCCCUGAUUCCCCCAACGAGGGACAAAAGACUGAAUCGGGCCAUUGA